AUGAGUUUGCAAAAUGUCAUCCUCCCUCUACAAGACUCAUCGAAGCAAUGGGACAUACAAAUACAAGAUGGUGUCGUAUCGUCCAUGAAACUAUCUGGCAGUCCUUCUCCAAACCCAAGUCUCUUACUCCCCUCACUGUGUCAUCCGCAUAUCCAUCUCGAUAAACCAUACCUUCUAACCUGCAAUCACUCCUCUUCCGACAACCACCCCGACUAUUCGGAUCUUGUUCCAAAAUCAGGAAGCUUUGACGAAGCCUUGUCUAACACGGCCGAAGCAAAGAAACGUUACACCCCAGACGACUUGUACCUGCGAGGGUCCCAGCUCCUCGCCACGAGCUACGCACAAGGUGUCACGUGUGUCAGAGGCUUUGUUGAACUUGAUCAUGUCACGCAACUUGAACCUCUGAAAACAGGGCUUCGGCUGAAGAAGGAAUUUGAAGGAUUCGUGGAUUUGCAGAUUUGUGCUUUUGCGCAGGAUCCAAUUUUCUCUACUGAGUAUGGAGAUGAGAAUCGAGAUAUCCUUAAAAAUGCAUUGGAAGAGUUCGGAUCGUCUAUUGAUGCUCUAGGGACCACGCCGUACGUGGAAGAGAAUGACGAUAUGGAGAGAAAGAACAUACGAUGGGCUAUACAAACAGCACUAAAGUACAACCUGAAUCUCGACUUCCAUACAGAAUUCAAUUUGAAGGCAGGAGAUGCUGUGGAAUUGUUCAAUUAUACUGUUGACCAACUCGUUGACAACAAAUGGCCUACCCACUCUGGCGCCCCUACUGUCGUUCUCGGACAUGCCACAAGACUGACGCUGGCGUCCCACAAAGAGCUCCGCCAAUUUUCUGACAGGCUUCAAGAGACAAAACUGCCGUUUCACUUUGUUGGAUUGCCUACUAGCGACGUCUUCAUGAUGGGUCGGCCAAACUCUGAUGGUGUAUCAGAGCAAGACACACCACUCAGCCGCCAAUGUGGCACCCUGCAUGUACCAAAGAUGAUACAGGAGUAUAGACUCAAGGCUUGCUUGUCCGUCAACAACGUGGGUAAUGCGUUUACUCCGUAUGGGACUGGGGACCCUCUUGGGGUGGCGAGUUGGGGCGUUGGACUCUUUCAUGCGGGUAAGACGGAUGAUGCGAAACUGCUUUAUGAAACUGUUAGUACUCGUGCGAUGGAUGCGAUUAAACCUUCGGAGGUCGGUCACGAGACAAAGAGCCGUAUAGAAGAGAAGAAGAAUCUCAUGUCAAUGAUUCUAUUCAAGAAUGAAAAGAACAUCGAGAUCCAAUCACCACAAGGGAGGACGAUACAAGUGCCCGCUCGACAGAGGUUGUCUGUCAAAGACAUUGUUUGGGAUCCACCAGAGACAAGAUUUAGAAGCGUUAUUAGAUAG